AUGAGCAUCACGGACGUCCUCAGUGCGGACGACAUCGCAGCGGCCCUGCAGGAGUGCCAAGACCCAGAUACUUUCGAACCCCAAAAAUUCUUCCAGACGUCGGGCCUCUCCAAGAUGUCGGCCAGUCAGGUGAAGGAUGUUUUUCGGUUCAUAGACAAUGACCAGAGUGGAUACCUGGAUGAAGAAGAGCUUAAGUUUUUCCUCCAGAAGUUUGAGAGCGGUGCUCGAGAGCUGACUGAGUCGGAGACCAAGUCCCUGAUGGCGGCCGCGGACAAUGACGGGGACGGCAAAAUCGGGGCCGAAGAAUUCCAGGAAAUGGUACAUUCCUAAAGACCCCAGACCACAGAGAUAGACACCAUCAGCUGGAAGGCCUCCAGAACCCCAGGAACAUGGGACACCCGACUUCUUCCCUCUAAUUUAUUUAUUGUCAUCCCCCCUCCCCCCACCCACCCACAUGCUCAUGUGUUCUAGCGAGGUAACAGAGUAGACAGUCGACCUC